GAGGGCGGAAGGGGGGUGAUAAAGCAAACAAGAAGUCACUUUUUUCGUGGCUACUGCCAGGCAAAAAAGAAACAUGAAACACACCACACACACACACACACAGGAAAAUUAGACGGAGACCAUUACUGUAGAAACCUAUAGCAAAGUUUUCCAAAAGAGACACUCUGAGGAAAAACUCCUGGGACCCGGGGGGCUAAAUAGAGUGAUAGUUAAAUUGAAGUGAUAACUGUAAGGAGAACUAAACCAAACUCUAGAGGGAGGAGAAAGGAAAUUAAAAAGCCUCCCCUUUGCCUUUUAUUUCUGUAGCAGCAGACACGAGCCAUAAUAAAGGACGCUGGUGCAUGCAUGUGGGCACCAGCUGGGCACCCGGGAGAUGGGGUGCCUCCGGGUCACUAAAGAGUGUCACCCCUGAGCUGCAAGCCAGAAAGAACACACGUUUGCUUCCUUUGGGAGCAGAGCAUUCUUCCUAACACAGGCUUGGACACAUUUUCCCAUUGCCUGGGAAGAUUUUUCUCUUCGCCUAUGUCACCAGGACUCAGGACCAAGGAAGAAGAGCUCAGGAUGAAGGUAAAAGGUGGGGGAAUCAGCUGUGUGCUGGUCUCCUUCUCUGUGAUCUACCUGGUGGCCACCCCCGGGGCCAGGGCCUGCCCCCGCCGCUGCACCUGUUUCGUGCCUACAGAGGUACACUGUACAUUUCGGUACCUGACCUCCAUUCCAGACAGCAUUCCGGCCAGCGUGGAGCGCAUCAAUUUAGGGUACAACAGCUUGGUUAGACUGACAGAAACAGAUUUUUCUGGUCUGAACAAAUUGGAGUUACUCAUGCUGCACAGCAAUGGCAUUCACACCAUCCCUGAUAAGACCUUCUCGGAUUUGCAAGCAUUGCAGGUCUUAAAAAUGAGCUAUAACAAAGUCCGAAAACUUCAGAAAGAUACUUUCUAUGGCCUCAGGAGUUUGACACGGUUGCAUAUGGACCACAACAAUAUUGAGUUUAUAAACCCAGAGGUGUUUUAUGGACUCACCUUUCUGCGCCUGGUGCACUUGGAAGGAAAUCAGCUCACUAAGCUGCAUCCAGAUACCUUUGUCUCUUUGAGCUACCUCCAGAUAUUUAAGACAUCUUUCAUUAAGUACCUAUACCUGUCUGAUAACUUCCUGACCUCCCUCCCUCAAGAGAUGGUCUCCUAUAUGCCUCAUCUAGAAAGCCUUUAUCUACAUGGGAACCCCUGGACCUGUGAUUGCCAUUUAAAAUGGUUGUCUGACUGGACACAGGAGAAACCAGAUGUAAUAAAGUGCAAAAAAGACAGAAGUCCCUCCAGCCCUCAGCAAUGUCCUCUCUGCAUGAACCCCAGGACCUCUAAAGGCAAGUCCUUAGCUCUGAUCCCAGCUGCAGCAUUCCUGUGUGCCAAGCCAACCAUCGACUCGUCCUUGAAAUCCAAGAGUCUGACUAUUCCGGAAGACAGCAGUUCUGUCCCUGUCUCUCCCCAAGAUUUCAUGGCCCCCUUGGGCUCCCUCACUUUGAAUAUGACAGACCAGUCUGGAAAUGAAGCUAACAUGGUCUGCAGUAUCCAAAAGCCCUCCAGGACAUCACCCAUUGCAUUUACUGAAGAAAAUGACAACAUCAUGCUAAAUACAUCGUUUUCAACAUGGUUAGUGUGCCACAUAGAUUACAGUGACAUCCAGCCUGUGUGGCAAGUUCUGGCUUUGUACAGUGAUUCUCCUCUAAUACUGGAAAGGAGCCACUUGCUCACGGAAACACCGCAGCUCUGUUACAAAUACAAACAGGUGGCACCUAAGCCUGAAGACAUUUUUACUAACAUAGAGGCUGAUCUCAGAGCAGAUCCCUCUUGGUUAAUGCAAGACCAAAUUUCUUUGCAGCUCAAUAGAACUGCCACCACACUCAGUGCAUUACAGAUCCAGUACUCGGGCAAUGCUCAAGUCACUUUACCAAGGGCGGAGAUGAGACCAGUGAGACACAAAUGGACGAUGAUCUCAAGGAAUAACAGCACUAAGCUGGAACACACAGUUACGGUAGGUGGGACUAUUGACCUGAUCUGCCCGGGCCAAGGAGACCCCACACCACAUCUGGAGUGGCUUCUAGCUGACGGGAGUAAAGUGAGAGCCCCUUAUGUUAGUGAAGAUGGGCGGAUCCUAAUAGACAAAAGUGGAAAACUGGAACUCCAGAUGGCUGAUAGUUCUGACACAGGUAUAUACCACUGUAUAAGCACCAAUUACGAUGAUGCAGAUAUCCUCACCUAUAGGGUAACCGUAGUAGAGCCCUCCGUGGAAGACUCUCGUGAAAAUGGGAUUCAUCACACGGUUUUCACUGGUGAAACACUUGACCUUCCAUGCCAUUCUUCUGGUAUUCCCGAUGCCUCUAUUAGCUGGGUUCUUCCAGGAAACACUAUCCUCUCUCAGUCCUCAAGAGACAAGCAAAUUCUUAAUAAUGGCACAUUACGAAUAUUUCAGGUUGCCCCAAAAGACCAAGGUCAUUAUCAUUGUGUAGCAGCUAACCCAUCAGGGGUCGAUUUUUUAACUUUCCAGGUUUCUGUCAGAAUAAAAGGACAAAGGCCAGGGGGGCUUAAUGGAGACACAGAUGGGUCUGGACUUGGUGAGCCUAGUCCCUUCACUCGCCUUGAGGAGCUACCAGAUGUGCAGACCCCCACAUCUGCCCCAGUGGAGGCUGAGGUUGGAAAGCAUACCUCAAGUGACAAGCACAGCUCUCGGGAGUUAAUGGCCCGGCGGCAUGGAGAUUCAAGAAUCCAGCGCUUCAGGGAGUAUAAGAGGCAGUUCCCUCCCUCUGCUCGGAGAAUUGACCCACAACACUGGGCAGCUCUUUUGGAGAAAGCCAAAAAGAAUGCCGGGCCAGGGAAACAUGAUGCCACAGGAAGACCACCCCCACUGGUAACUCAACUCCUAAAAACCCUGGGUCCGCAAGAUGAGUCUUCAGGCAUGCUCCCUCCAGAUGAGGAGUUCAUGGUCUUGGCGACUGAAGCUUCAGAUAUCCCAGUGAAGACAGUGACUGCUGCCUCCAGGUCAGGUGGCCCUGUGACAAAUCCAGCUUCUGGAGCUCAAGUGUCCCCAAUUGUGAGUCCACAAAUACAACCACCUGGAAAACCAGCAGGGUUCAAACUAUCAACUGCUAUUAAAACUACAGCCAUGUCAGAGGGUAUAAAUCCAACCAUAUCAAGCAAAUUACGAAGCACAGUCAACCAAGAUGCAAUUACUACAUUUCCACUACUAUCUGGAGUGAACGAAUUGCCAGACACUGACCAAAUAGGGAGAAGAGAGUAUUUCCGCCGUGCACCCCCAGUAACAGUAAGAACUGUGAUCAGAGCUGUCAAUAUUCACAUGCUUAAUAGCACUAAUGAUGGCGCUGGGGUAUCCUUAAAGACAGCUGGGACCAUGAAUAGCCACCAGACAUCUGUAACAGGAGUGCCGACUCCAGGUGGCUAUCACCUCUCUUCUCAUGUUACUCGGAAACUUAGCACCUCUAGGCCCCCUUCAGAUCCAAAUGCCGCUCGUUUUCCAUUGCAGAUUUCUAAAAAUAGUACAACUAAUACCCCACCACCCAGACGCUUUGGGAGACGGAGGGGAAUUUGGGGCAGGGGUCGAAUCAUCAGCCAGUAUCGAACUCCAGUUCUCCGACGGCAUAGAUAUGGCAUUGUGAGGCCAACAUUCAGAGGUCCUUCUGGAGAUAGCACCACUGCGUUUCCAGCCCCAGAGCUCAAUGUGAUGUGUCUCUCCUGUCCUCGCAGAGGUGGGCUUGCCACUGCCACAGCAAUGCUGCCUAUUCCAAGUUCUCUAACCCCGACCCACCCCAGAGCUGACACUGCCAGAAUCACAUCAGAAGAUAUGACAACUCUAGUCCAGAAUCCGUCACUGCCAACUGAGAACAAACCGAAUGUAGACAUUGAUAAAACAACACCCACUAUAAAGUAUUUCAGUGUGGAAAGUACCCAAGUGAGUCCAGCUGAUGUGGCUAUGAUUGACGCCCCAACAUCCCUGUCUAUGGAAACAGCCCCCAUAACCAAUAUUGGUUACCCAAGUGGGACCAGCCUCAGUGAAGCUAGGAGAGAUUCAGGGAUGAUGUCAGCAAUGGCAGGUCCUGUCACCGAGCCAGCAAUGCCUACUACGAUAGCCAUCUCCAGAUUUUCAACAAGGAAAAUUCCCUGGCAUCGUCAGAUCUUUGGAAAUAACCUUCUCCAAAAAGAGCGAUUAAAGAAUUGGCAUAAAUUUGGCUUUCCAAAAAGUACAACCGUGUUUCUUAAGAUAUCACCUGCUUUGCCCACAGAUAGAGUUUCUCCCUUCCACUUCACAACACCGUCAGCAAGGAUGGCAGAGAUUCCAUCUGUACCAUUGGCUACAACUAACUACAAUACCACGCAAACACACAGUCCUAGAAGUCUCCCAACAACGAAGAUGUUGCCCUUCCAACCCAUUAACCCUACCCUUCCCAGCAUCACAAACAGAGAAUCAAGUAUGAUACGCUUUGCAGAAACUCAGACAGCCACACUGGCAGCUCCUCCCACGGCCACUGCAUCUGCAAUUGACUAUAAAACCCAAACGGCGAGACCCACUGCACAAAAAAUACAAGGGAAAAAGGAGCCUCAGAACAGGAAUGAUCCAAGCACUCCUCCAAGCCGGGGUCUUGGCUCCACUGCACCCACUGCCGUGUCACCUCCUGCUCUAACCACAGACGAACUGUCAGUCAAGCCUACUGUCUCUGCUUUCACUCAUUCCCCUCUGGAAAACACAGAUGGAAUUUGGGGCACAAUUGCUUUUCAUUCAGGAACUUUCGAUCUGACAGAUGUAAUUAAAGAACCACCCCCAGAGAGUGCUCAGACUUUGAAGAGCACAACUGCCUCUGAAACAACUCUGUCCAGUGAGUCACAGCAGAGUAGAACUGGGGAAGUGGUUAGCACGCCCCCGACUGCUCCACCUCUCCUGAGCAGUGGUGUGACUCCAAUGCCGGUUUCCACCUCCCCUCCCCUUUCUCAAAGUGCAGCUAUUGACAUGACAACUCCUGUUUUCAGCGUGAUGACAAACACAGAAGUGAAGCCACAUGGGCCCCCAGGGCGCCAUACCGAUCCACAGCGAUUAGCAGCAGAGCUUGCAACAUCCCCCGAGGCUCGCCCAGAUGCCAAGGUCACAACUGGAACCACUCACAUUAUUUACUCUAAUCUGUUUUAUUCUACCCUCGCGCCAGCAGUCGUAACAGUUAAACCACAGAGUUCUAAGUGGACUCCCUCCCCCUGGUCAGAAAACCAAUUUUGGCACAAAUCGUACCCAGAAAUUGCUGAAAAAGGCAAAAAGCCAGUGCUAAGCAUGGUACCCACUCUGAGCUUACCAGAGGCCAACACUCAUUCUUCAAAUUGGGAUGGACAAAAGAAUGCAGAGAAGAGUGGCUUUGAUAAGAAACCAGUUGAAAGAGUAAUGAUUUCUGAGCUCCCUCCCUUUGACUCUUUGUUCAGGGACACCUUUGAAAAGCCCAGAAUAGUGGGUGGGAAGGCUGCGAGCUUCACUGUCACAGCCGACUCCGAUGCCUUUCUUCCCUGCGAGGCUGCUGGAAAUCCUCCACCAACCAUCCGCUGGACCCGAGUCUCCUCAGGGCUUGAUUUGUCUAAAAGGAAACAAGACAGCAGGUUCCAGGUGCUCUCCAAUGGCACCCUGUCCAUCCAGAGGGUGGACAUUCAGGACCGUGGACAGUACCUGUGCUCUGCAUCCAAUCUCUUUGGCACAGACCGCCUUCAUGUGACCCUGUCUGUGGUCUCCUAUCCUCCCAGGAUCCUGGAGACACAUACCAAAGAGGUCACAGUUCAUUCUGGAAGCACUGUGGAACUGAAGUGCAGAGCAGAAGGUAGGCCAAACCCUACCAUCUCCUGGAUUCUCGCAAAUCAAACUGUGAUCUCAGACUCGUCCAAGGGAAACAGUCAGGCCCUCGUGAUGGUUGACGGAACACUGGUCAUCCACGAUCUCAGCGUUUAUGACCGGGGCUUUUACAAAUGCAUCGCCAGCAACCCAGCUGGCCAAGAUUCCCUGCUUGUUAAAAUACAAGUCAUCGCAGCCCCACCCGUCAUUCUAGAGCAAAAGAGGCAAGUCGUUGAAGGGACGUGGGGUGAAAGUUUGAAACUGCCCUGUACUGCAAAAGGGACGCCCCAGCCCCGUGUGCACUGGGUGCUCUCCGAUGGCACAGCAGUGAAACCCUUACAAUUUAUCAACUCCAAAUUGUUCUUAUUUUCAAACGGAACUCUGUAUAUAAGAAACAUAGCCUCUUCGGACCGGGGCACUUACGAAUGCAUCGCCACCAGCUCCACUGGCUCAGACAGAAGAGUGGUAUUGCUCACAACCGAGGAGCGGGACACCAUCCCUAGGAUAGAAGCUGCAUCCCAGAAAUGGACAGAGGUGAAUUUGGGGGACCAAUUACUACUGAACUGCUCAGCUACAGGAGAGCCCAAACCCAAGAUAAUCUGGAGGUUACCAUCCAAGGCUGUGGUCGAUCAGUGGCACAGAAUGGGCAGCCGAAUCCACGUCUACCCAAAUGGAUCCCUGCUUAUUGGAUCAGUAACAGAGAAAGAUGGUGGUGACUACUUGUGUGUGGCUAGAAACAAAAUGGGGGAUGACCUGAUACUGAUGCACGUCAGCCUGAGACUGAAACCUGCCAAAAUUGACCACAAGCAGUAUUUUAAAAAGCAAGUGCUCCACGGGAAAGAGCUCCAAGUCGACUGCAAAGCGUCCGGCUCCCCAGUGCCUGAGAUAUCCUGGAGUCUGCCUGAUGGGACGAUGGUCAACAACGCAAUGCAGGCUGAUGACAGCGGCCGCAGGACCAGAAGGUACGUCCUUUUCAACAAUGGAACCUUAUACUUCCACAAAGUUGGGGUGGCGGAGGAAGGAGACUAUACUUGCUAUGCCCAAAAUACCCUGGGGAAAGACGAAAUGAAGGUCCACCUGACCGUUAUCACAGCUGCCCCCCGGAUAAAGCAGGGCUACAAGACCAACAUGAGAGUCAAAGCCGGAGACAUAGCCGUCCUUGACUGUGAGGUCACUGGGGAGCCCAAACCCCAAAUCUUUUGGUUGUUACCUUCUAGUGACAAGAUUUCAUUCUCCAAUGAGAGGUACACAUUCCAUGCCAAUGGGUCUUUGUCCAUCAGCAAAGUCAAACUCCUCGAUUCUGGAGAGUACGUGUGUGUAGCACGAAAUCCCAGUGGGGAUGACACCAAAAUGUACCAACUGGACGUUGUCUCUAGACCCCCAUUAAUCAACGGCCGGUACCGGAACAGAACGGUCAUUAAAGCCACGGCCGUGAGGCACUCCAAGAAACACUUUGACUGCAGGGCAGAAGGGACACCACCUCCUCAGAUCAUGUGGAUCAUGCCGGACAACAUUUUCCUCACGGCCCCCUACUAUGGAAGCAGAAUCAGCGUCCAUCCAAAUGGAACCUUGGAAAUCAGGAACGUGAGGUUUUCAGACUCGGCUGACUUCAUCUGCGUGGCUCGGAACGACGGCGGAGAGAGCGUGUUGGUGGUGCAGUUACAGGUACUGGAGAUGCUGAGGAGACCGACGUUCCGAAAUCCCUUUAAUGAAAAAGUAGUCGCCCACCUUGGCAAGUCCACAGCGUUGAAUUGCUCUGUUGACGGUAACCCCCCACCUGAGAUCAUCUGGAUUUUACCCAACGGCACUCAGUUUUUCAGCGGCCCACCCAAUCCUCAGUACCUGAUAGCAAGCAAUGGUUCUUUGAUCAUUUAUAAGACUACGCGCGAUGAUGCAGGAAAAUAUCGCUGUGCAGCUAGAAAUAAGGUGGGCUACAUUGAGAAAUUGAUUGUAUUAGAAAUUGGCCAGAAGCCAGUUAUCCUUACAUAUGCGCUAGGGACAGUAAGACGUAUCAGUGGGGAAUCUCUGUGGCUGCAUUGUGUGUCUGACGGAAUCCCUAAGCCAAGUAUCAAAUGGACCCUGCCCAGUGGGCAUGUGAUAGAGAGGCCCCAGGUUAAUGGGAAAUACGUACUGCAUGAAAAUGGCACCUUAGUCAUCAAAGAAGCAACAGCUUAUGACAGAGGAAACUACAUCUGUCAGGCUCAAAAUAGUGCUGGGCGUGCACUGAUCACCGUGCCAGUGACGAUUGUGGCCUACCCACCUCGAAUCACAAAUCGCCUACCCAGGAGUAUCCGCACAAGGACAGGAGCAGCCUUUCAGCUCCACUGUGUGGCUCUGGGAGUUCCCAAGCCAGAAAUCACCUGGGAGGUGCCUGACCACUCCCUACUCUCCGUGACGGCGAGCCAAGAGCAGACACCUGGACGUGAGCCACUUUUCCCGCAAGGUACUCUAGUCAUUCAGAACCCCCAAACCUCAGAUUCUGGGGUCUACAAAUGCACAGCAAAGAAUCCGCUUGGUAGCGAUUAUGCAACGACUUACAUUCAAGUAAUCUGACGUGAAAUAAAAUGGAACAAAGUCAACCCCUGGACAGGGUUUAUUUUUUGGAAGAAGUUUAAUCAAAGGCAGCCAUAGGCAUGUAAAUGGAUUCGAAUACAUUUACAAUAUUAAAUUUACAAUGGACAUGCAAAAAAAAAAAAAAAGGGACUUGUAGAUAAAUGCAUUAUGAACUGAUACUGAUCUCUUGAAUGAAUCUCAAAACAAACUUUUAACUUAAGGCACUUUUAUUUUGCCAACAAAUAACAAUGAACAUGAAGAGAAAACGGUCCGCCAUCAAAUCAUAAAUGGCUGAUGUACCUGAAUUUUUCAGUCAAGAAUAGGCUCUUUUUUUCCUGCUACUUGCCUAGUGUCCACCUUCUAAAACAUUACAAGCAAUGGCACUCAGAACAGAGACAAUGGAAAAGAUUAAAUCUAUCAUCUUUAUGUAAAUUUGUCAUCUUGAUAUAGAAAUAUUUUGUGGCUGGUUCAUAAAUAUUUGGCUAAAACCUACCAAAAAGAAGCACUGAACGUUCAUGUUUUGAUUAUGAUUGACAUUUGUUCAAACUGAGUAUUUUCAUGGAUGGGGAACACAAAAAUGUUUUAACAGCUGCAUUUAGGGGGAAAUGCAGGCUAGUUUUUCCACAUGUAAAAAAGCAACUUAUCACCUAUACAUCACAAAAUGUGAAAAAAAAAGGUUGAUUUUUAUAUUCGCCCAAAUAUACCCAUUACGAAAAUUUUAAAAAUACAGUGAAACUUCUUUAGAACUUUAAAAGCUAGCCCAGGCACCCAUGGUGCAAAGCUGUUCAUAAGGAAAUUUUUUCUGAGAGGAAUAAUAACUUGAUAAGUAUUUUUAUUUCACUGAGUGAUGAAUUCUUUUUGCAACAAAAAAAUGUUUGGGAGGGUUGAGAUCUAUUAUAUAUAAUGAAGAUUCACUGUAUUUAAAGUUUAAUCAACCCCUACACAAAUGUUCUAUUACUCACUGAAUUUAUUAAUAGUACAUGCUUAAUGUAACCUGAACUAGUUGUGGGGGAGGGGGGCAGACAAUAUAUGAUUCAUCCUUUCUGAUUCAAGAGGCUGGUAUUUUCCAGUGUAAUUUUUCCGGCAUGUAUUCAAAUAUUUGUCUAUUACUUAAGAAUUACAGGGCUCUGAUAAACGAGGGAGAAAGAAAAUGAACGAACCAUAGGUCUUGUUCAGACCUCUCCGUACACAAAAACUGAGAGCUACGUUAGCCCCUGCCAAUCAUCUGGGAUGUCCCAGAGUUCCUUUCACUGUGUUUUCAUCAUUCCAACUCUCAGCUGGCCCCACCUAAGAGGUCAUCUGAUUGUUACUAAUCUCUGACAUUGGCACCUUGUGGCUGCCAGAGGUCAAAGGAUACUCACUGUAGAGGGAUCUCCUACUAUUUCUGGGCUGAGAAGGGUAAGUAAAAUGAUAACUACAACCCAAUUGGGAAUGAGCUUACAGUAUAAAUGGGUAUACUUAAGAAUCUUUUAUGUCCAAGAAUUGUGAUCGGUACACCCAAACUCCAUUAGGCUUUGAGGUCUUAAUCUUUAAGGGGAGCUAGGGUCUCCACCUUACUCUAGGAUAUUUUUCUUCUCUAUCUCAAUAAGCAAAUUACCAAGUUCUACCACAGAGCUUUCCCUUGUGAUUUUAAUGCAAUCAAAUCCAUUUACUCGAAAGGAAAAAAGAAAAAUAAGAAUCUCUUAGGAGAGUGGAUGAAGUGGGAAAAAUAUGAUGACUGAAUUAGAAAAUUCCAGUUGUUUAUAAUGCACAAGGGGAAAUA